CCCUCUCCCAUCGCGCCGAUGAUAGUCAAUCGCGUGUUUCGCUGUGGUUUAACCUGAUCGGCGAUUCCUGUACCAAAGAAGAAAAAAAAACAAUAACAAAGGAUAAAAAAUUCACUCAAUGUAACAAUCGUACUCAAUGGAACAAUGGACAGUGGUAGUUGAAGAUCAGUGAUAUUCGUGGACGAAAAUUUGUUGGAUUUUAAUGCGGGGGUAAGUGUGACUGUGAACCUGCAAAUAUGUGUUUAACCGAUCUUUGAAUGUGUGUGCGAUCGGCAGACACGAUAAAUAUGGCCCAAGAGACGGACGACAUAAAUCUCACACCCCAGGAGUUGCAGAUUCUGUCGGAAUUAGACAGCCGGCAGUUUGGCUUCCUGAAGCUCAAUGCUCUCGAGCAAACGAAGAAAAAGUCUCUGGUGGUGCGUGCAAUAAAGUAUCUGGAGAGAAUGCUCGUUCAGGCUCAAUCUGAGAAGCAAAAAAGAAGGGCUGACAGCACUAAAGGGGGUUACGAUGAGUCUAAAGACGACGAUGAGGACAAAGGGAUCAGCAUUGAUCCCAAAACGUACUGCAAGCUCGGGCACUUUCAUCUACUCCUCGAGGAUUACCCUAAAGCAAUGUCGGCGUAUCAAAAAUUUUACGCACUCAAAGGAGAUCACUGGAAGGACGCGUCGUUUCUUUAUGGACAGGGACUCGUCUAUUUUCACUUCAACGCCUUCCAAUGGGCUAUAAAAUCCUUUCAACAAGUGCUAUGGGUGGAUCCAGGAUUUCCCCGCGCCUGCGAAGUGCAUUUUCGUCUCGGUUUUAUGCUCAAAGUCCAUGCCGACUUUGAAGCGGCAUUAAAGCACUUGACGUUAGCACUCAUCGACGCCAGUACACCGGCCUCAUUUUCAAAACUCGAAAUAAAAUUCCAUAUUGCCCAUCUCUACGAAGUCCAGGGGAAGUAUCGUCUAGCGAAAGAGAACUACGAGACACUUCUGAAGGAGAAGGCUCUACCGUCACACCUGAAGGCUGAUAUUUGUCGUCAACUAGGAUGGAUGUACCAUGUGGUUGAUUGCGCUGUUCUCGGUGUAACUAGACAGCAGAAACAGGCAUUUGCUAUUCACUGUUUGCAGAGGUCCAUUGAGGCUGAACCAAAGAGUGGACAGAGUUUGUAUCUGUUGGGUAGAUGUUUAGCUGCUUCUGGAAAAGUUCAUGAUGCGUUUAUUGCAUACAGAAACUCGGUUGAGAAGUCUGAAGGGAAUGCAGACACCUGGUGCAGCAUAGGUGUCCUUUAUCAACAGCAAAAUCAGCCUAUGGAUGCACUUCAAGCCUACAUAUGCGCUGUGCAAUUGGAUAAAUCACAUUCAGCAGCUUGGACGAAUCUGGGAAUUUUGUACGAGAGUGUCAGUCAGCCAAAAGACGCCCUGGCCUGCUACGUCAACGCAUCCAGGGGAAAUAAUAAUACACCGUGUUCAUCUAGUCCGCUGGGAGGACUUGGAGGCGCCAAGUCGAGUGGCAACGCACCGAUGAACCCAUCUCUUCAGCAGCGAAUUAAUUUCCUCCAGAGCCAUCUGAGUCAAGCACCAAUGCCAUCAAUAGCAGCUAAAAGACGGCAAUUGCCGUCGAUCGAGGAAGCGUGGAAUUUACCGAUAAGCGCCGAGAUGUCGUCCCGUCAGCAGCAACAGCAGCCGCCCUCAAAUACUCCAGGUUACAAAUACGCAGCACCUCCAGCUGGCCCCCCACCCCCUUAUCCCCAGAAUCAACAGCAGAACAUCAACAAACGUUUCAAGCCCGAGGAUCAACUCUCCCCAGGAUCAGCUCAGCCACAGCCUCAGCAGCGUCCACCCACCUUCUACCUUAAUUCUCAGCAACUCCAGAUGCUCCAGUUUCUCCAGCAAAAUCACGGAAAUUUAUCGCCCCAGCAGCAGGCCCAUCUUCAACAACUCCAGGUGCAGUACAGAUCGAUGCAGCAACACCAGCAGCAGCUGAGAUUACAGCAACAGGCUGCAGUGCAACGAGGCUUAAGACCAGGUCAGUCAGGUUUUCCCACGGGUUACGGUCCUCCCCAGCCCCCUCAGCCAGCUGUAAUAAAGAGCUACGGAAUGCCCCAACAGCCCCAGGGUGGUACAGUAGCCCUUCAAACAGGUUUCACCGACUCCAACACAUCCUACAACACCCCAGCAACUGGUAAUGCCCAGUCAACUCCAGGAAUGCCAUACAAAUCUGCCUCAGAUCAGACCUUUCCCCGUCCCCAGUUCUCCCCCUAUCAGUCCAACCAAUACGCAGCCCAGGGUUACACCCAGAUCACCUCGACAACGAGUAGUUACCCAGAGGGUGCAGCAGGUAACAAAGAUCUUGGAGUAACUGAUCAAGAGUUGACAGCCCUUCUCUCCCAGAAGGACAUUGCUCGUUCCCUGGCUGAGGAUCUUCUCAAGCACUUUGGCUCCGAGGAUCUCGAUCCCAAGGACACCUCAAAGCCCCCAAUAAUUAACAAUGGCACCCUCUCCUCGGGUCCCUUCUCCCCCUCAAAUCUGGACGACGAUAAAAUCAAGGAAGUCAUCAAGGAAGUCAAGGCAGAGAAGGUGGAUCCAACGGAGAAGAUCAAUCACACCAAGGCCCAGACGACGGAGACCAUCAAGUGUGAGGCUACAUCCAGUACAAAUAAAAUUGACUUUCGUCCUGAGCCCGUUCUGAAGCUCGAGAGACUCUGUGAAACACCAGUUGAACCGGAAUUCUCCAUCGACAUGAAUGCCAAUACAGUUAUUGAUGCAUGCAGGGGUCAGGGGGUCAAGGGUGUGCCAAAUUGUUCGAUAUUGUCAGACAGAUCACCACCACCAGCACCACCAGAUGCUCCCUCACAACGUCUCACCAAGGAACAACUCUCACCACCAGCUCCCAGUGUCUACCUGGAGAACAAAAAGGACGCUUUUAGUCCACAACUUCAGGAAUUUUGUUUGAAGCAUCCGAUAGCGGUUAUCAGGGGACUUGCAGCUGCUCUGAAACUUGAUCUUGGAUUGUACUCGACGAAGACACUCGUCGAGGCUAAUCCAGAUCAUGGUAUCGAGGUGAGGACACAGAUGCAGCAGACGAGCGAUGAAAAUUGGGAUCCAACGCAGGCGAAAAAAGUCUGGGGAUGCAUCAGUCACAGGAGUCAUACGACAAUAGCCAAAUAUGCUCAGUAUCAGGCGUCGAGUUUUCAGGACAGUCUCAGGGAGGAGAGGGAUAAGGCACAGGGUAUUCAUUCGGCAAAUCUAUCGGAUUCUGAUUCAAAGGAUUCAACUGGUGUUGUUAAACGUAAGAAAAAUGCUUAUGGAUUACCGGGAAGACCUGGAUCCAAAAUGCUGAGAUUUGGAACUAAUGUUGAUUUGUCGGAUGAACGUAAGUGGAAGUCACAGCUACAGGAACUCAUGAAACUGCCCGCGUUCGCCAGGGUUGUGUCCGCUGGUAAUAUGUUGAGUCACGUUGGGCAUGUUAUCUUGGGUAUGAACACGGUGCAGUUAUACAUGAAGGUGCCAGGUAGCAGGACUCCCGGACACCAGGAGAAUAAUAAUUUUUGUUCUAUUAAUAUUAAUAUUGGACCUGGGGAUUGCGAGUGGUUCGCUGUGCCCGAUGCUUAUUGGGGGGUUAUACAGGCAUUGUGCGAGAGAAAUAAUAUUAAUUAUCUUCAUGGGAGCUGGUGGCCGUCUCUGGAGGAUCUGUAUGAGGAGAACAUUCCGGUGUACAGGUUUGUUCAGAGACCUGGGGAUCUCGUGUGGGUGAAUGCCGGGUGUGUUCACUGGGUGCAGGCUGUGGGAUGGUGUAAUAAUAUCGCGUGGAAUGUCGGCCCACUGACGGCCAGGCAGUAUCAACUGGCUAUUGAGAGGUACGAGUGGAACAAACUCCAGAGCUUCAAGAGCAUCGUACCCAUGGUUCAUCUCUCCUGGAAUCUUGCGAGGAAUAUUAAGGUAUCGGAUCCCAGGCUUUUUGAGUUGAUCAAGAAUUGUCUGCUCAGGACAAUGAGGCACUGCUGCCUCAUUCUGGAGUUUGUCAAGAACAAGGGGGUCGAGGUGAGAUUUCACGGACGCGGCAAGAACGAGGCGUCACAUUAUUGCGGACAGUGUGAGAUCGAAGUCUUCAACAUUCUCUUCAUCCGAGAACAGGAGAAACGUCACGUAGUUCACUGCAUGGAUUGUGCUCGUAAGCAGUCGCCCUCGUUGGAGGGUUUCGUAUGCCUCGAGGAGUACCGAAUGCGUGAUUUAAUGGAGGUAUACGAUGGUUUCACCCUCCACACGUCAAUCUCCCCAGGUCUGUCAGUGGCCCAAUCGAGUCAGGCCUCCUGAGGCUACAUGCAGCACAGAUACCUCGACUACCUGGGGACACUUCAGUGAAGCCACUGAUCCAACGGGAAUUCACCUGGUUAUCUGUGUUGUGAGAGUGCUUUUGUACAGAGACUUGACAUUUUUUUUUUUUUCGGAGAUACUGUUCCGAUCCCAGGGGAUUUCCAGGACCAUUUUGAGCUCGAAAAUGUCCCUUUUAGUUAGAUACAUUUGUACAAAAAUUUAUUAGCUUAAUUGUGAUAAUCCAACUCCAAAUUGAUUAUCACACUCGUCCCUUUGCAUUCACUGGGACCUGAACAUCAGAUAAUAUUGAGCCAGAGGAUUAUUCAUCGAAUGAACGGUGAAUUAUCACUCUAUAAUUCAGUUAAGAUACAGUUUAUUCGUUUUUGAUUAGUUUCACUGCCAACUGUGAAUAAUUAACGUUAUUGUCGUUGUGACGAUUUUUGUGCAAAUUAAUUGCUCAAAGAGUGAGAGAAUUUUUGUACAGGAGAGUAAGUGGAAAAGUGGAGAAUGAUUUUUCGUAAAUAUAUCGAGUCCUAGGGAAAUAAAAUGGAAAGUGAACGUCAUUUUUUGGGCGUCAGUUGGAAAACAAAUUUGGAAUUUAAAGUGAAAUUUUGGGAUUAUUUUAGCCAUUCUAAUUUUUAUAAUUUGUAGUGGUUAGUUCACUUGAUAAUUAACUCAAUAAUUAGGACAAUAGCGGAAUUUUCAUAAUAAUCUUGUUUGUAGGGAACAAGAAUUCCUCGAGAAAGUAUAAAAUUUUUAUAAAUUUUACAAAAACCAGAGCUGGAGGUGAGUUGACUCGCCUCAUUUUCCCAUUUCACUGCGGAAUUCCCGUGGAAAUGUUCCUUUAUUGAAUUCUAGGAUUUCAAAAUAUUUGAAAAUUUUACAGUCUCACUUGGAUUUCGAAAUAUUAAAGAAAAAUGAAAUGCAGAAAUAGAUUUUGCGAGAUCCUUUUGAUUUAUGAGAAUUUUUUUUAUUUAUGCGAUUUUCUAGACGAUUAAUGAAGACUAAUUGACGGAACAAAAACGUGAAUUUCACUUUUUGAGAGACUUUUUUGACUCACAUAUUUUAUUUUCCAAAGAAGCUGGCGAUUUUUUCUAUUUUCUUUUAGUGUCCAAUUCGGCACAAAAUAAUUUAUACAAAAUUUUCGCUGUUAUCCGGAAUUUGAUAAUAUCUAUGAUAAAUUUUUCACUUUUCUGCUGAAAUGUGGGAUUAAUAAAUUCAGACCGAGGACUUUUAUAGAAAAAUUGAUAAUAUUCGGGUGUAAUUUUGGCACUGGUGCGCUUUAGCUGCCUGCAAUUGCCCAUAAAUCAUGUUUUUAGUCUAUAUCCAUCGAGAAUACAUGAGCUAUUUUAUGCUCCAACGUAUCGAAGAGACAGAUAUUUUUACAGUGUUUGAUAUCUUAUAAUGCACUCGUUUUCGUACAUGAUAAACAGUAGAUCAAUGAGGUCUUAGUGAUAUUUGAUAAAUUGAAAAUACUGAAAUUCCAUUGUUCACGAUUUAUCGAUGAAUACAAUUGCGAUAAUUUCAUAUUAUUCACUUUAUCAAUUACCUGGACAAAUCGAGAUCAUAUUAUUUCGCAUAAUAAACACCAAUCGAACUGCAAUUGUGAUGAGAAUCGAGAAAUGAUUGAAAUCGUUUCAUUAAGGUAGACAAAUUAGUCUGUAAUUAAACAUUUGUAAUGACGCCCAGGAACAGAUCAUAAAUGAAUUUUUAUAUUUGAGAGAUAAUUGAUGGUAAUAUUGAGUGAACCCGCAGCAAGUUAUGAUCUCAAACGCACGAACAUUGGCAGGUUCGCAUAAUUAGCUCGUUUUUUCAUUAACUCUAAUAACAUCCCCUCACCCUCCCUCUCUCCCCCUCUCUCGACACCUGUCAAUGAAUUCGGAACUGAUUUGACAACUUGAGUAAUUUCGUUGAAUAUCUAGUAAUAAAUAUGGAAAUUAUAUUUAAAUGUAAACGUUAGAGUUUUAGGUAAUGAAAUUAAUUACGACGAUUCAAUAGUUAAUUUUUCUUUUAUUGCUCGAUUAUUUGGGAGUCAAACACUUCUGGUCUUUGAGGAUUUUAUUUCGAUAUUUUAAGAAUCGAUGUCGAGAUUUCUGGAGUUUGGUGGGAGGGGAGGGAUGAUAUGGGGGAUUUAUCGUGAGAUGUUAAUUUUUGGGGGCAAUUGGAGAAUUUUUUAUCGAUUUUUUUGUGUUGAAUCGCUCAUCAGGUCGGUCUGGAAGGACUCGAUCUCUUCAAUGUUCUCCCCAAAUUCUCAGUCAAUCUCGAUAACACAAAUUCUUCCUUCGUGAUCGUACCCUCAAAAUGUAGUUCAUAUUAGUCAACUCAAAAAAAAAAUUGUACAGACACCAAAACUCAAGGGGAAAAUAAUGCAUUUGGAUGCUGGUCUCGUGAGCUGGUGUAUUUUGAUAAAAAAAAUUAAGAAACAAUGAAGUUCAGAGACAAGAGAAAUAGAAAUCAAGCCUGGGAGUAAAAAUAAAAGAAACAUAUUUUCGCUAACGACUGUACGAACGAUUGAAUCUCAUCAGUGCCCCCUUUGUCUACGUAAAAUGUAGAGGAAAGAGGUUGAAUAAUCUAUCUAUAGAUAAAAGAAAAAAAAUUAUUUUUCACCGAAUGAGGAACAUGCGCAUUCCUAUAUUUUCGAAUUCACUCAAUUAAAUGAUAUAGAUGAAACUAGGAGGGACGUAGGAACCUCAUACGUGUGCCCCAAUGAUCGAUUGAAAGAAAUAAAAUCACGAUACUAAGAUAAUUAUCAUGAGUAAGCGAGAAUAAAAAUGAAAACAACACUGCCAAAUUGUGAUACACGAAUUUUUUCCCACCUAGAUGAGAGAAAGAGAGAGAGAGACAAUUUUAUAAUGUGUAAAGUAGAUCCUGGAGACUGGCCCAGUGAUGCCCUGAGCAGUUGAGCAAUUAUUCUAGUUACCAAGACGUGUUUAUGAUUCCCCCCUCCUCCCCUCGUAAUUGAAAUAAAUAAUUAAGAGUGAUGCUGAGUGCGUUGGGGAACAGCUCCAGGGAUUCAACGAUGUUCUUGAAGAUGAUUUGAAGAUAUUUGAGUGGAAAACAGAUUUUCUAGAAUUUUUUGUUCAUUUAAAAAAUGAAAAACAAAAGAUGAAAAGGGUCGAGAAGGAAAUAUUAACUUUAAAAAAUUUAUAUAUUCAAGUAUUAGAUAUAUUUGAAUAUAUAGAUUUUUUUUAAUUAACAUAUUCAAAUGUUAUGGAUAAAGUAAUGCAUAACUUUGAAAAAAAUACCUCGACUUUUUUUUGGAAAAACGUUAACGAGAUAAUUUGGAAAAUCAUGGAGAUGAAUUUUUCGUAAAAAUCAUCGAUUCACAUAUCUCAUUAUGAAAUAAUUUCGUUAACGACUAAUUACAUCAGAAAAGAUGCGGAGUUUUUCGAUCCAAUCGAAUGAUUAUUGGUUUACGUACUUGAAAAGUUCAUGAAAAUAGUUUUUCACUGGAGUAUCUUCAUCAAGACAAGAGUGAAGGCCCAAAAAAUAAAAAACCGCAGAAAUAAAAAGGCUAAAAAAAUCGCUAGAAUAUUUUUCAAGACCAAGUUUUACUGUUUUCGAUUGAACAAUUGAAUUAAACAAUCGAAAAAUAAAUAAAAAACAAAUCAGUACUUUUCAUAUAACUCUUGACAGCCCACGGGCUCUUUUAUGUAUAUAAUGUUCAUGUGUACAGUGCCUUUAUACAUAAGAGAACAACUGAAAUGAAGAUUUUUAUGGACAAAAAUAACUCGACCCUGCGAAUAUAUAAAUAACAAAUAUCGUCGAUUAUCUUCAUUUUUAUCAAAUAAAAAUAAAAGUUUUGCAUUACGUCUCAAUUCAAGAUAAUUCGUGUAAAUUGGUACUUGAAUUUAUUGUGAAACUGUACAGUAGAUUAUUUAAGACGAUAAAAUUGCACUGUAGCUAGCCUUAUUGAUACCAUUAGUGAUGCUAAUUGAUUAAUUAUUACGAUUAAUCCUCCAAUCGUGGAUGGAAGAGAAUUUUUUUUUUCUUUUUUUUUAUUGAGUUUCCUCCAUUGUCGGGGAAAAAUUGUGGAGAUCUAUUAUUGCAAUUAAUAUUGUGUUUUACCAUUACGAUGUAAUAUAACGGUUAAAGCUCA